AAACACGAGUCUUUCAUCGUGCUCAAAAGGGAAUAUCCAUAAAUAAUGAACCGAGAUCGAUUGUUGUUACUGCAGUGGCACCUUUUUCAUCUGUUUCCAAUCUGGCCAAAUAAAGAAAGUCCGAUCGUCCCUUUUUAUUUUUUCGCUUCUCUUUUUGUUAAGGAUGACUAGUUACAAUAGAGAAAAACUCAUCAAAUACUUUAAAUCCAAUCUAUGCAUGCUUCCUACAGAUUACACUCAAACAGAGACAAACAGGAUGACUUUGGCAUUCUUUUGUUUAGGAGCUUUAACUUUACUAGGAGAACUAGAGAAUAAUAUCACAGAACAAAAUAGAUUAGACUGGAUAGAUUGGGUGUAUGCACAACAAAUACUUCCAACUGAAAAUGACGAUGCCAAUGACGCUGUUUGUGGCUUUAGAGGAUCACCUUGGUCAGGAAGAUCAUUCGACCCUCAUGCUACAACUUGCUCGUAUGUACCCUAUGACUCCGGUCAUGUAGCAAACACAUACACUGCUCUCAUCAACCUUUUACUUUUGGGUGACGAUCUAUCUCGUGUCAAUAGAAAAGCCAUUACAAAUACGCUACGACAUUUACAACAGCAAGACGGAAGCAUUGCUCCUACAACCGGAAGUUUAGAAAGAGACGUUCGAUUCAUCUAUUGUGCGUGUGCUAUAUCUUAUAUACUGAAUGAUUGGUCUGGUAUUGACCGAGAAAGAACAUUAGAUCAUAUUAUUCAACUUCAGUCUUAUGAGCAUGCCUUUGCUCAGUGUCCAAAACAGGAAGCACACGGAGGCUCGACCUUUUGCGGAACAGCUGCUUUAUCAAUAAUGGGGAACCUCGAUGAAGGUAUAUUAAAUAAAGAUCAACUCGUUCAAUGGUGUCUGUUUCGACAAAUCGGUGGGUUCCAAGGUAGACCAAACAAGCUGCAGGAUGUGUGUUAUGGGUUUUGGAUAGGUGCAUCUUUAGCCAUGUUGGACAGCUUUCAUCUUGUCAAUUCUGAUGCAUUAAAAGAUUUUCUCUUACAAAGCGAAUCACGCAUAGGAGGAUUCGCAAAGGACCCUGAAUCAUUUCCAGAUUUAUUACACUCUUAUAUGGGAGUUGCUACAUUGUCUUUGAUGAAUGAACCCAACAUUCAACCCAUUCAUGCUGCAUUAAAUAUGCCCCUUUCAGCCCAUAAACAUUUAAAAGAAAAUACAAUGUUUUGGAAACAAUAAAAUCAGCAAAACAACGUUCCUUUAAAACUAAACUUUCGUUUUCUCGUUUGCUUCAACUGGGAAAGACUUAGCAAAUGACGCAUAGU